AUGGAUUAUAUUCGUGGCUUGAUCAUUUUUGGCUGUCUCUUGGCUUCAGCAACUUGCUAUACUCCUUUCAAUAAGUGCAUGAAAGGUGACGAAUUCGAAACUUCUCCAUUGGAACUGCGAAUUGACGGAUGUCGAGAGGUACCCUGCAUUCUCCAUAAAGGGACCACCAUGACCGCCGAGUGGGAUUUUCCAGUGAAAACAUAUUCGAGGGUACUUAGAUCACAAAUAGUGGCUUCUUCAUUUGGUAUAACGAUGCAGUUACCAUCGCCUAAGAAAAAUGUUUGCGACAGCCUCCAUAAUACCAACUGUCCCGUAAAAAUUGGUCAAAAUGUCACCUACCAAAUGAAAAUGCCGAUUCGAAGAUUUUAUCCUGAAGUUUCAGCCACAGUGGAGAUUCGUUUUCUUAACGAAUUCAACCAAACUAUCGUUUGUUUUGAAGUUGACGGAGCUAUAGUGGCCGAGCAAAAAGGGACUACGACAAAAGUACCAUCGUCGGUAAUAACAGAGAAGACAACGAAAUUACCUGAUUAUAAUGAAAUUGCAUAA